CGGUGGGCGCGGGCGGCGGCGGGGCCGCGGCCGGGUGAGGCGGUGGUGGAGCGCGGCGGGCGGCGGUCCCGGCGGGACCCGCGCCCUCCCGCACGAUGUCGGCGCAGGGCAAGUUCAAGAAGGACAAAGAGAUCAUCGCCGACUACGAGGCGCAGGUCAAAGAAAUCCGAACGCAGCUGGUGGAGCAGUUCAAAUGCCUGGAGCAGCAGUCGGAGUCGCGCCUGCAGCUGCUGCAGGACCUGCAGGAGUUCUUCCGCAGGAAGGCCGAGAUUGAGCUGGAGUACUCCCGGAGCCUGGAGAAGCUGGCUGAACGCUUCUCCUCCAAGAUCCGCAGUUCCAGAGAGCACCAGUUCAAAAAAGAUCAGCACCUCCUUUCCCCUGUGAACUGCUGGUACCUGGUCCUGACGCAGACCCGGCGGGAGAGCCGAGACCACGCCACCCUGAACGACAUUUUCAUGAACAACGUCAUCGUGCGGCUGUCGCAGAUCAGCGAGGAUGUCAUCAGGCUCUUUAAAAAGAGUAAGGAGAUUGGCCUGCAGAUGCAUGAAGAACUCCUGAAAGUCACCAAUGAGCUGUACACGGUGAUGAAGACCUACCACAUGUACCACGCAGAGAGCAUCAGCGCCGAGAGCAAGCUGAAGGAGGCGGAGAAGCAGGAGGAGAAGCAGUUCAACAAGUCAGGGGAUAUCAGCGUGAACCUGCUGCGGCACGAGGACCGACCUCAGCGGCGCAGCUCCGUCAAGAAGAUUGAGAAGAUGAAAGAGAAGAGACAAGCCAAGUAUUCUGAAAACAAGCUGAAGUGUACUAAAGCCAGGAACGACUACCUGCUGAACCUGGCAGCCACCAACGCCGCCGUCAGCAAGUACUACAUCCACGACGUGUCCGACCUCAUCGACUGCUGUGAUCUGGGAUUCCACGCCAGCCUUGCUCGGACCUUCAGGACGUACCUGUCUGCCGAGUACAACCUGGAAACCUCCCGCCACGAGGGCCUGGACAUCAUUGAGAAUGCUGUGGACAACCUGGAUGCACGGAGCGACAAGCACACCAUCAUGGACAUGUGCAACCAGGUCUUCUGCCCGCCACUCAAGUUCGAGUUCCAGCCGCACAUGGGGGAUGAGGUGUGUCAGGUGAGCGCCCAGCAGCCUGUGCAGACCGAGCUGCUGAUGAGGUACCACCAGCUGCAGUCACGACUGGCCACCCUCAAGAUAGAGAACGAAGAGGUACGGAAAACGCUGGAUGCCACAAUGCAGACCUUGCAGGACAUGCUGACAGUGGAAGAUUUUGAUGUUUCAGAUGCCUUCCAGCACAGCCGCUCCACUGAGUCGGUCAAAUCAGCUGCGUCGGAGACCUACAUGAGCAAAAUCAACAUCGCCAAGAGGAGAGCCAACCAGCAGGAGACAGAAAUGUUCUAUUUCUCAAAAUUUAAGGAGUAUCUGAAUGGCAGUAACCUCAUCACAAAGCUGCAGGCUAAACACGACCUGCUGAAGCAGACUCUGGGAGAAGGUGAAAGAGCUGAGUGCGGAACAACCAGGCCCCCAUGUCUUCCCCCUAAGCCACAGAAAAUGAGGAGACCUAGGCCUCUCUCAGUCUAUAAUCAUAAACUCUUUAACGGCAAUAUGGAAACGUUCAUUAAGGAUUCGGGACAGGCCAUCCCACUUGUCGUAGAGAGCUGCAUCCGCUACAUCAACCUGUACGGCCUCCAACAGCAGGGCAUCUUCAGAGUCCCUGGCUCCCAGGUGGAAGUCAACGACAUCAAGAACUCGUUUGAGAGAGGUGAAGAUCCCCUCGCUGAUGAUCAGAAUGAACGGGACAUUAACUCAGUGGCUGGAGUCUUGAAGCUGUAUUUCCGAGGACUGGAAAACCCCCUCUUUCCUAAGGAAAGGUUUCAAGAUUUGAUAUCUACCAUAAAAAUGGAGAACCCCGCUGAGAGAGUGCACCAGAUCCAGCAGAUCGUCGUCACUCUGCCUCGGGCUGUCAUUGUGGUCAUGAGAUACCUCUUUGCUUUCCUUAACCACCUGUCGCAGUACAGCGAUGAGAACAUGAUGGAUCCCUACAACCUGGCCAUCUGCUUCGGGCCCACGCUGAUGCACAUUCCCGACGGGCAGGAUCCGGUGUCCUGCCAGGCCCACGUCAAUGAGGUCAUCAAAACCAUCAUCAUUCACCACGAGGGAAUCUUCCCCAGCCACCGAGAGCUGGAAGGGCCUGUCUACGAGAAGUGCAUGACUGGAGGGGAGGAGUACUGUGACAGCCCGCACAGCGAGCCGGGCACCAUCGACGAGGGGGACCACGACAACGGGACGGAGCCGCACACCAGCGAUGAUGAGGUGGAGCAGAUUGAAGCUAUAGCCAAGUUUGACUACAUUGGACGAUCUCCACGGGAGCUCUCCUUCAAGAAAGGGGCCUCACUCCUGCUGUACCAUCGGGCAUCAGAAGACUGGUGGGAAGGAAGACACAACGGGGUGGAUGGGCUCAUCCCUCACCAGUACAUCGUGGUGCAAGACAUGGAUGACGCGUUCUCCGACAGCCUGAGCCAGAAGGCAGACAGCGAGGCGAGCAGUGGGCCACUGCUUGAUGAUAAAGCCUCCUCCAAGAACGACAUCCAGUCUCCAACGGAUCAUAUCAUGGACUAUGGCUUCGGGGGAGUGAUGGGCAGGGUGAGGUUGAGGUCUGACGGUGCAGCCAUCCCUCGGCGCCGCAGCGGGGGAGACACACACAGCCCACCCCGAGGGAUGGGGCCUGGCAUAGACACCCCUCCUCGAGCAGCAGCCUGCCCCAGCAGCCCCCACAAGAUCCCCCUCAACAGGGGCAGGAUCGAGAGUCCUGAGAAGCGCAGGAUGGCGACGUUUGGCAGCGCGGGCAGCAUCAAUUUUCCAGACAGGAAGGCCCUGGCUGAUGGGCACCCCCUGAGAUCGACCUGUGGGUCCACCCGGCACAGCAGCCUUGGAGACCAGAAAUCUCUGGAAGCAGAAGCUCUUGCUGAGGACAUCGAGAAGACCAUGAGCACGGCACUGAACGAACUGCGGGAGCUGGAGAGGCAGAACACGGCCAAGCAGGCCCCCGACGUGGUCCUGGACACGCUGGAGCCCAUGAAGAACCCCCCGAUGGGCGCCGCCAACUCGGAGCCGGCCAGCCCCCUGCACACCAUCCUGAUCCGGGACCCCGACGCGGCCAUGCGGCGCAGCAGCAGCUCCACCACCGAGAUGAUGACCACCUUCAAGCCGGCGCUGUCGGCCCGGCUGGCCGGGGCGCAGCUGCGGCCGCCGCCCAUGCGGCCGGUGCGGCCGGUGGUGCAGCACCGCUCCAGCAGCAGCAGCAGCUCGGGGGUGGGCAGCCCUGCUGUCACCCCCACCGAGAAGCUCUUCCCCAGCGGCUCGGCGGAUAAAUCGGGCACCAUGUAGGCUGGGGUGUGGGGACCGCAGCGGGAGAGCCGGGGCCCGGAUGGCAGGAGCGGGGCCCGACACGGCAAAGCCUCUCUGGGCUGAGCCGGGGGUCAGAGCCCUGCUGGGGGGAGCCUCUCCAAAAGGGAACACAUGCAUAGCCUGGGCCUGGUGCUGUACAUACGUGUGUGUGUGUGUAUAUGUACAUAUGUGUGCACACACCCUCUCCAUGCAGAAACACUUCCCGAGCUUGCAGUCCUACGGCAGGAGGAGACAGCGGGUCUGCGUGUCAGCACUGGAGAACACAUGCUCUCUAUAGGAGUAUAUAUUAAAAACAAAGUGUACAGAAUUCAGUGACUUUUUAAAACAGUAGAUUUACCUCAGAAACUGGCUCUGAAAUGUCCUCUCUGGAGAUGGUGGGUUGGGCUGGGUUUCCCAGACUCUGUGCACGUGUGGAGGCCCACACCGCAGCAGCCAUGCGUCGAGCAAUACAAGGCCAUCCUGUAAUUUAGUUUCGGCACCUCUUGGCAUUUAAAAAAAAGGGAUAGGGAUACGGUGGAGUCUGUUCACUGCUGGGUUGUAGAGAAGAGCUGGAAACCCAUAAAUGAUGGUGUGUAUCCAGCCAGCUGGAGUCUGUUCAGUCCUGAAUCCUGAGACGUCUUUGUGUGCCUGUGAUGCCCCGGGCAGCAGGGACAGAGUGAGCUGUGUGCCGUGAGUGGGGACAGAGCGAGGUGUGCACCAUCACCUUCACACAGGAGGAGGAUGCUGCACUGCACCGGGGCCAUGGAACGCCGCUUUUCUGGAAGGUUUCAGAGUGAACAAGGACUGGUGACAAACUUGUGGUAAAGUAUGGAGUAACUUACACAGUUUGGAGAUCCUUCAUCUCCCUUUCCCCACACACUUUUCUUUUUCUUUUUUUUUUUUUUUUUAAUUAAUAAGAAGACAACCCAAUGGUCUCUCGACAGUCAGGUGUAAGCAGUGAGGAGGCUUUGGCACCACCACGUUCCUCGGUGUGAAGCUGCCCAGCGGCACAGGGGGGUCUCGGUUCAGAGUGUGUCAUCCUGCAUGAGAAGCAUGAGCCAUAUUUGACCGUGUCAGAUGCAGAACCGAUCUGAUGGGUGACACUUUGCACUUUCUGUACUGUACCAUAUAAUACAACUGUUUGAGUUAUGCAAAGGAAUCUACAUUUUGUUUUACCCAGAGAAAAAAUAUGCAGAAAGCUGGGGAUUGCAUGGUCCUUUCUGAUAAUCCAGACUCUGCUCUAAGCGCUGAAUCCAAGACGCUCUGUGCUUCUCCUGCAGCUUUUUCUUGUACAGAUUUCCAUGCAAUGCCCCAUGGUUUGAUUUGGCACUUCCCCGUGGUCAUGUACUAAUGGCUCCUUAACAUCCAUCCUUCCUCCCCGCUAUCUCUGACCCUGCUACUCUGUCUGUGCCUGGGCAAAGAUGCCCAUGAACUCUCCUUCCUCACCCAGCAGCCACCUGCCCCUGCCCCGGCCUUUGCUUUGUCUCCCCUUCAUCUUCUUCACCUCUCCAGCACCACUGCGGACCCCAGCUCUGCAGGAGGAGCAGCUUGACUUCCAGAAGGUGGUGGAGGCACCGGCCAGGGCAGCAGAGCCCACUGGUCCUGCCAGGGCUUGUGUCUCAGCCUGGGAGCUCACCCUCAUGUGAAGCUGCCUGCACCUCCAUAUGUGCCCCUCUCCACCUGCCCCUCCACACCUGCACUUCCAUAUCCAUACCUCCACACCUGAACCUCCAUAUCUGCCCCUCCACACUUGCACUUCUGUAUCCAUACCUCCCCACCUGAACCUCCAUAUCUGCCCCUCCAUGCCUGUGCCUCCAUGCACUGGGCACGGAGCAGGGUGACAGACCCGUCAGGACCGGCCGGUGCCUGUCCCGUGCCCAGUGCACGUGUCCCCUCACCCCCUGCUCUGCCAGCCCUGUAUAUAUUGCCGUACUUGCUUAACUGCUGGAAAGUAACUGUUAACCUGUAAACUGUAAAAAAUAGGCUAAGAUUAGAUAAAAGCCGAUGCCACUCACCAAAUCUUUGCACUUAGUAGGUAGCUCGAUGUAAAAAUAAACCCAGUAAUAAUAAUAGUAACCCUGAAGGGAAGCGAAGCCGCCGGCGCCCCUCGCAGAGCCUGUGGGGAGCAGCUCUGCCCAUGUCCCUCCCUGUCACGUUGGCAGGGACUACGGUGUGUGUGUGCUUGUCUGUGAACGUCCUUGGCGUUUGUAAUGACCACAGUUGGUUCAUGUUGGUGUUUAUUUCUCCAUCAUCCCCCUUUCCUGGCGCAGGCCCCGGCCCGGCCCAGCGCAGUGGCAGCAGAUGUUCCACCAGGCUGGACUGCUCAGGGCCGUGUGCUGGGAAGGGAAGGACCCAUUUGGCACGAACGCUGUGUAUCUGUUGCCAGUAAUUAUUAUUUUUGUUUCCGUUUAGUUCCUGGAGAACAUUCACUUUGCCAGUUUCCUUUUUUUUAAUAUUAUUUCCAAGAUGACUUGAGAACAAACCUAUGUUCACUAGGGGUUUUAUUUCCUCCCUUCUUACUUUUGGAGGUACGGUACAAGUUCCAGUGUCUUUCUAUUAAAUUAUUGCCUUUCGUUUUCCUUUGUUUUGUUUUGUUGUGGGUUUUUAAUACAAUUGUUUUCUUAUCUUUAAGUGCCUUUUUGAGCACCAGAACAAACAGUUGGAGUUCAGGCCUGGGAGCUGUACACACAUGGGUUCGUCUGGGCAGUUGUGUUGUGCUGGGGGCGAUUGCUUUUAAAGUCCUUCCAUUUUUCUGUUUGAUGAAAAGGGAACCAAGACUUUUUGUUGGAGAAUAAACUCCCCCUUUGUAAUACAGUAUUCCAAGUGUAGUUUUAACUACUGUAAAUUUAAGGGAAGAAAUGUAUUUUUCUGUAAGCGAACUUGGCACAAAAUUGAGCCACGUACAUUGUAGGAGCAUCAUAACUGGAACCUGCUCAUGGUUUGUGAGUAACCCACCCUGACCCUCGGUACCUCCCUGAGGGCACAGACUGUGUGUGGGCCUCAGAGUUCACAGAGUUUCCCCUGUGCCAGCCCAGGGCCGGAGCGGGGUGGGGUGUGCUCCUGCCCCCCUGCAGCACCGCGGGCGAGGGGCCGUGCAGCCCCCGGGACCCCCAGCCCUGAGGGGGGACGGCUGUUCCUCUGCUGUGCAGAGCGAGUGCCAACCUCGGCCCGGCUCCCUCGGCCCUGCCCCGUCCAUCCUGUGGUGCCGGGGCAGUUUGGCCCUCGCCGGGGCCCGGCAUGGCCUGCGAUGGUGCUGACCAAGCGCGAUGGUACCGCAGCAGCCCCUUCCCUGUACAGACCCUCAGCAACGCGGUCCCGGGGCGGCGAUGACAGUGCACUUUGUUCCUUAGGCUGAAGUCCCCUGGUAGGUCGUUUUUGUAACCCCGGGUGUGUCAUUUAACUAGCGGUGUUGUGGUUCUCGGGGGCGGCAGUAGAUGUCCCGAGUCUGAUGUGCUUCGCGUGGCUGGGCUGUGAGCUGUGGUGGGGACGGGGUUGGUUACGCCGGGCGGCCGUGGGAGACCGUGGCUGCUGCCCCUUGUACCGGUCAUCCUCCUCCCCCCCCGGUGUUGUCUCUGUAACGUAUGGUGAGAUGCCGUCAGCUAGAGUGUCUGAGUGGUUCCUUGUGUGUGCUGGUGAUGCCAUGUAGAUGAAGCCACUGGUUGGGUGUGGACUCAUCCCGUUGAAUAAACUGCUUAACUUUUCUCAAAAA